UCAAAACCCUCCAGAAAAGUUUGUUAGAAGAAAAAAAAAAACAUAAGGUGGAGUGGAAUUCAGGCAAAUCGAAAUUCUUCUUCCACAAUUUCAGAAGCUGAUACACGCUCUAGGGUUUUCUUCCGAUUUAUUUCUCUCCCAUUGAAGGUUGAAUCCAUCGGUUCUCGGUGACUGUUCUCCGUCUCGCCGUCGCUGCCUGGUCGGGUCUUUUUCCGGCGAGAUAUGGUGGUGAUCUCCCUGAAAGUUUUGAAUCCCGCUAUUCUCCGGUUGUUGCCCCUUGAUUUUGCUGCAAUUUCGAUUUCCUGUAGAUUUUCUUGGCUUUGUCUGCGGUUCAUGUAAGAUUGUUAGGGCUUUAUGACCCGGUUCCGUCGAUUAUUAUCGUGAAUAAUCCUGUCUGUGUAUGUGCGCUUGUAUAGAAAGCUGGUGAAUAGGGUUUGGAUUGGGAAGUAGGUUGUUGGUGUGGUUGAACAGUAGAUACUCUGUUGAGGAUAUGUAUAUCGAAGAACUGAAAGAAAGAGAAGAGGAGAAGGGGAAGAGGUCGGUUAGCGAGGUUAAAAAUGACAAUAGGGUUGUAGAGGGAGAUAAGGCGGUUUUGUUGAGAGGAGGAAGCGUGAUCGUUCUGUCGACGAAGAGGGUGUUGGUUGGUGUAGGAGCUCGUGCACUGUUCUAUCCAACUCUGAUUUACAAUGUGUUUAGGAAUAAGCUCGAGUCUGAGUUCCGGUGGUGGGACAGGGUUGCCGAGUUUAUAUUGUUGGGAGCGGUUCCGUUCCCCUCUGAUGUGCCACGGCUUAAGGAGCUCGGUGUUUGUGGGGUGGUCACGCUGAAUGAACCAUAUGAAACUUUGGUUCCAACGUCUCUGUACAAAUCUCACUCCAUUGACCACUUGGUGAUUCCCACAAGAGACUAUUGCUUUGCUCCUUCCAUGGAGGCCAUAUGCAAAGCUGUAGAUUUCAUUCACAGAAAUGCUUUGGCUGGAAAAACGACUUAUGUUCACUGCAAGGCAGGUCGGGGCCGCAGCACGACUAUUGUCAUGUGUUACCUGGUACAGCACAAGCACAUGACACCUGAAGCUGCAUAUGCGUAUGUGAGAUCCAUCAGGCCAAGAGUCCUUCUAGCAGCCUCCCAAUGGAAGGCUGUUGUUGAGUACUGCAGUCUCAGGGUGCCAAAAUCUCAGAAACCCUCUAAGGGUUCAGACACCGGUUUGAUAUCGAGAAGCGUGAAAGAGGUUCCUCGGGAUGUAAUGGUGUUUGAUGAUGAUGGGUCGGUGGUGGUGGUGACUGAGUCUGAUCUAGAGGGUUUUGAUCCAACGGUUUCUAUGUUGGGGAAUGAGAUAUGGGCUGCUGCUGCUGUGGGGGAUAUGAGCCUUUUCUAUCGUAUGAAAGUUGCUGGGCAGAUGACGCUGGCUAGGAUUUCAUGCUCGUGGAUGCGUCACCGCACAGAUCAGAAAAUUACUGUGGAGAAUAGGGGAGAUUCCUUUGGAGGCAUAAGCGUCGACAUUUCCGUCUACUGAUGAAUGAUGAUGAUGAUGAUGUUGAUGGUGAAACAGAGACAAGACAGUGAGACUUGGCGAUGGGUUUCAUUUCCAUGUAAUUUCUACUGGCCGUAAUUUGUCUAUUUCACCGCUUCAUAUACUUUGCACGGCCCUCUUCUAUUCAAGGACAAGAUAAUAGAAAGCUAGCCCACCCAAUGUCUCAGUAUAAUUGGUCUUCAUAAACUUCAGACUUUAUUUUAGGCCCAACAUGUAUUUCCAUGUAUCCUCCAUUAGAUAAAUCCAAUCUGGGUUGGACA